AUGAAUGGCCACGCCUCUCCUCCUCUUGAUGUCCUGGUCACCAACGGCACCGAGCCGGCCGUCAUCCCCAAGACCACAGAGGCCAUGCCGGGAACCAGCACCACCUCUGGGCCCCAGUCUGCCCAGCCCGAGAGCAUUGCCGGGGCGUACGUGGAGGCCUCUGGCCGGGCACAGAGCCUCUACACUGCCAUGCAGCAGGGCCUCCUGCCCGCUGAGCUCGGGCGGGCUCUGCUGGAGGCCCAGGCGGCCACCGGGGGCCUCGUGGACCCCAUGCAAGGCCGGCUGCUCCCCGUGUCUGCGGCCCUGCAGCAGGGCCUGGUGGGCCUGGAGCUCAAGGAGAAGCUGCUGGUGGCUGAGCGUGCAGUCACCGGGUACCCUGACCCCUACGGCGGUGGGAGGCUGGCGCUCUUCCAGGCCAUCGGGAAGGAGGUGGUAGACAGAGAGCUGGGCUGGGGCUGGCUGCAGGCCCAGCUGGCCACGGGGGGCCUCGUGGAUCCUGUCCAGGGUACACGAGUGGCCCCGGGGCCGGCCUGCCAGCAGGGCCUCCUGGACCAGGACACGUGGCGCAGCCUGUCCGAGCGCAAGCCCGGCUCCGGCGCCCCCGGCUUCCUGGACCCCAACACGCUGGAGCAGCUGUCGUACGGCGAGCUGCUGGGCCGCUGCGUGAGGGCCCCCGGCACCGGGCUGGCCCUGCUGCCCCUCACGACCACUUUCCACUCCCUGAGCGGGGCAGUAAGCUUGGAUGACCUGCUGGAGGCAGGGAUCCUGGACGGGGAGGCUGCCCGGGGCCUUCGGGAGGGCAGGCUAUCAGUCCGAGAGGUGAGCGCUCAGGCCAACGUGAGGCGCUACCUUCAGGGCACUGGUGGCAUCGCAGGGGCCGUCCUGCUGCCCGCGGGCCAAAAGAAGAGCUUCUACCAGGCCGCCACCGAACACCUGCUCCCGAUGGGCACUGCGCUCCCGCUCCUGGAGGCGCAGGCCGCCACCUGCACGCUGGCUGACCCGGCCACUGGGCAGCGGCUCUGGGUGGAGGAGGCGGUCAGGUCGGGCCUGGUCGGCCCGGAGCUCCACAGGCAGCUCCUGGUGGCCGAAGAGGCAGUGACGGGGUACCACGACCCCUUCAGCAGCACCCGAGUGCCCCUCUUCCAGGCCAUGAAGAAGGAGCUGGUAGACAGGCCUCUGGCCCUGCGACUCCUCGAUGCCCAGCUGGCCACAGGCGGGCUGGUGUGUCCGGCCCGCAGGCUCCGGCUGCCCCUGGAGGCCGCCCUGCGCUUCGGGUGCCUGGACAGAGACACUCAGCAGUGUCUCUCCCGGGCCCCUGGCUUCCGGGACCCCAGCACGGGGCAGAGCCUGGGCUACGAGCAGCUGCUGGCCCAAUGCGUCACCGACCCAGAGACUGGGCUGGCCUUCCUGCCCCUCUCGGGGGGCGCCCUUGCAGAGGAGCCCCGAGGACUCCCGUUCAUUGACCACAGCACCCGGCAGGCCUUGAGUGAGGCCGUGACCACCGUGUCCGCGGGGCCGGCCCCGGGCCGGCCCGCCUCGCUCUGGGAGCUGCUCUUCUCUGAGCCCGUCCCCGCGGAGCAGAGGGCGGCCCUGGCGCAGCGCCACAAGGAAGGCGCCAUCUCCCGGGAGGAACUGGCCGCUGUGCUGAGGGCGACCCUGGAGCAGGCUGCAGCCAAGGCCAGGACUACCUUUGCCGGCCUGAGGGUGCCCGUGACCCCAGGCAAGCUGCUGACAGCAGAGAUCAUCGACCAGGACACGUACGAGCGGCUGGAGCGGGGACAGACCACGGCCGAGGAGGUGGGCCGGCUGGGCUCGGUGCGCAGGUUCCUGCAGGGCACCGGCUGCAUCGCGGGCCUGCUGCUGCCGGGCUCCCGGGUGCCGCUGCCCAUCUACGAGGCUCGCGGGAAGGGGCUCCUGCGGCACGGCACCGCCCUCAUCCUCCUGGAGGCGCAGGCGGCCACCGGCUUCAUUCUCGACCCAAAGGAAAACAGGAGAUUUUCUGUGGAGGAGGCUCUGAGGGCAGGCCUCAUCGGGCCUGACGUGUUUGCAAAGCUGCUGGCGGCCGAGCGCGCCGUCACCGGCUACAAGGACCCCUACACCGGGGAGCAGAUCUCCCUCUUCCAGGCCUUGAAGAAGGACCUCAUCGUGCGGGACCACGGCGUCCGGCUGCUGGAGGCCCAGAUCGCCACGGGCGGCAUCAUCGACCCGGUGCACAGCCACCGCCUGCCCGUGGACGUGGCCUACCAGCGCGGCUACUUCGACGAGGAGAUGAACCGCAUGAACCGCGUCCUGGCGGACCCCGGCGACGACACCAAGGGCUUCUUCGACCCCAACACGCACGAGAACCUCACCUACCUGCAGCUGCUGGAGCGCUGCGUGGAGGACCCCGAGACGGGCCUGCGCCUGCUGCCCCUCACCGGCGCACAGCCCCGGCUCGUGGACAGCGCCACCCGACAGGCCUUCCAGAGCCUGCUGCUGUCAGUGAGGUUCGGGCGCUUCCAGGGCCAGAGGGUCUCCGCGUGGGAGCUGGUCAACUCAGAAUACUUCAGCGAGGGCCAGAGGAGGCAGCUCCUGCAGCAGUACCGGCAGCACAGACUCUCGCUGGAGCAGGUGGGCCAGCGGCUAAAGAGGGACAUGGGGCGGUGGGCAGACAUCACGCUGCCCGGGCUGCGGGGCCGGGUCACGGCCUACCAGCUCUGGGAGGCCCGCAUCAUCGACCAGGAGCUCCUGGACCGGGUGCUGGAGGGGGCGGUCAGCCCUGAAGCCCUCCUCCACAUGGAGGGCGUCCGGAGGUACCUGCGCGGCUCCGGCGUCCUCGGGGGUGUGCUGCUGCAGCCCUCCAGCCGGCGGCUCAGCCUGUACGAGGCCAUGAAGCAGAAGGUGCUGGGGCCAGGGGUGGCCCUCGCCCUGCUGGAGGCCCAAGCAGCCACCGGAGCCCUUAUUGACCCCCAUAGUCUGGAGACCCUGUCGGUGGAGGAGGCCGUGCGCAGGAAGCUGGUGGGGCCAGAGCUGUACAGGCAGCUGAGACAGGCUGGGGACGCGGUCACCGGCUUCAGAGACCCCUUCUCUGGGAAGCGGGUGUCCCUGUUCCAGGCCAUGAAGAAGGGCCUCGUCCCUGAGGAGCAGGCUGCCCGCCUCCUGGAUGCCCAGCUGGCCACAGGCGGGGUCGUUGACCCCACGGGCCACUACCGCCUCCCCAGGACCGUGGCCAUCCAGCGGGGCUACAUAGACGAGGGGACGGAGCGUGCCUUGUCCGGCCCGUCCGAGGCCUUCCCCACGCCGGACGGCCGGGGACACGCCAGCUAUGCCCGGCUGCUGGAGCAGUGUCUGAGGGAUGAGGCUUCUGGCCUUUACUUCCUGCCCCUGCCCGAAAGCGCUCCCGCCGGCCCCACUGGUGAGCAGGUCCAGGAGACCCUACAGAUGGUGCAGGGGACUGAGGACGGCGUGUCCCUCUGGGAGCUGUUGGGCUCCGGCCACUUCACUGAGGAGCAUCGGAAAAGCUUGGUGGAGGACUUCAAGUCGGGGAGGAUCACCUUGCAGCAGCUGCAGGGGGCCGUGCGCAAGUGGGUGCGGGAGGCAGAGCUCCUGGCCCGGGCUCGUGUCACGGUGCCCGGCCCCAGGGGCGAGGUUCCUGCCGUCUGGCUGCAUGACGCUGGGGUCAUCACCCUGGAGACCCUGGCGGCCCUGGCUGAGGGCACACGGUCACCUGCGGAGGUUGCCCAGGAGCCUGCCGUGAAGACCUGUCUGUGGGGAACAGGCUGCAUAGCGGGCCUGCUGUUGCAGCCGUCGGGGACCAAGGCCAGCAUCGGCCAGGCCAUGAAGGAUGGCCUCCUGCCUGAGGGCCUGGGGCGAAGGCUGCUGGAGGCCCAAGUGGCAUCUGGCUCCCUCGUUGACCCUCUGACCAGCCAAAGGCUGUCUGUGGAAGGCGCAGUGAAGGCGGGCCUGGUGGGUGGGGCACUGAGCGAGCAGCUCCAGCAGGCCCAGAGGGCGGUGGCCGGGUACGCCGACCCCUACUCAGGAGGCUGCCUCUCACUGUGGCAGGCCAUGGAGAAGGGCCUGGUGCCCCGCAGUGAGGGCCUCCGGCUCCUGCAGGUGCAGCUGGCCACGGGGGGCGCCGUAGACCCUGUGCACGGGGUGCACCUGCCCCAGGAGGCAGCUUGCAGGCUUGGCCUCCUGGAUGAGCAGGUCAGCCGGGUCCUGACCUCAACAUCCGAGGACAACAAGUUCUUCUUCGACCCCAGCGUGCGGGACAAGGUGACGUACAUGCAGCUCAAAGAGCGCUGUGUGUCGGACACUGACACUGGCCUGUGGCUGCUGCCGCUCCGCAAGGACACAGUGCUGGAAGUGGAUGAGCACACGGUGGUGGCCCUGAGGGCCAUGAAGGUGCAGGUUGGCGCCGGGAGGUUCAAAGGUCUCAGCGUGUCGCUGUGGGACCUGCUGCACUCAGAGUACGUCAGCGCCCACAAGCGGCGGGAGCUGGCAGCGCUCUGCCAGUCAGGGAGGGCCACAGCCCUGCGGCAGGUGGCCACGGCAGUCACCACCCUGGUCGAGGCUGCAGAGAGACAGCCCUCGCAGGCCACCUUUAGAGGACUCCGGAAGCAGGUGUCGGCCAGCGACUUGUUCAGGUCCCAGUUAAUUGACAAGCAGACACUGGACGAGCUGCAUCAGGGGAAAAAGACAGUGCAGGAGGUGACAGAGAUGGACAGUGUGAGGCGGUACCUGGAGGGAAGCAACUUCAUAGCUGGGGUCCUCAUCCAGGGCACGAAGGAGAAGAUGAGCAUCUCCGAGGCCCUGAGGAGGCACAUCCUGCGGCCCGGCACGGCCCUGGUGCUGCUGGAGGCACAGGCGGCCACCGGCUUCCUCAUCGACCCCGUGCGCAACCAGAAGCUGACCGUGGAGGAGGCAUUCACGGCAGGGAUGUUCGGCAGAGACACCUACCAGAAGCUGCUGGCGGCCGAGCGCGCCGUCACCGGCUACAAGGACCCCUACACCGGGGAGCGCAUCUCGCUCUUCCAGGCCAUGAAGAAGGACCUCAUCGUGCGGGACCACGCAGCCGGAUGCCGUGGUCCCGCACGAUGA